GGUAGCAAGUAGUUGUCCGUCAUUGCAUCGAUUAGUGUUUUAUUUAUUUUUAUUUACGAAACAAUGUCCUGCUUUAUGUUUAUUUUGCCCUGAUACUCAUUUUCAAGUUACAAAAUGUCUGCUGAAUCUGAUAUGGAAUAUUCAGACAAUGAGGGGGACGAAUACGAUUACUACGGAGAACAUGAUGACUGCGAUAUGGAGACGGUGGAUCGAAGUAAAGCAGAUCCUGAAUAUUUUAUAUAUUCAUGUCUGAAAGUAGAGGAAGUGGAAAAACUGUUGAAUGAAUCCAUAGAAUUGCUCAGUAAUAGCCUUCAGAUCACACCGUCGCUCGCCAAGGUGAUGUUACAUGCCUAUGAAUGGAAUGCUCAAGAGAUUAUCAAUAAGUAUAAAGAAAAUGCAAACGAGGUUCUGGUGUUCAGUCGUGUGAAGCCUCGCGUGGCAUCUGUGCAGGCUGGCUCCAGUAGAGUUGCAUGUGCUGUCUGUGCUAAUACUCCGCCUCUGCACAAAUUUAGUGCACUUGCUUGCGGACAUUACUUCUGCAAUGACUGUUGGGCUAUGCACUUUGAAGUACAAAUUAUGCAAGGUGUUUCGAAUACAAUCCAAUGUAUGGCACAAGACUGUGAGGUGCGGGCACCUGAAGACUUUGUGUUGUCUCAUGUGGCUAAACCAACUCUCCGGGAGCGUUACCAGCAAUUUAUGUUCAAGGACCAUGUGAAAUCACAUCCUCAGCUUAGGUUCUGUCCAGGACCUAAUUGCCAGUGGAUAUUUCGGGCGUGGACCCGCGAAGGGGCUCGGCGUGUAGAGUGCCGCGGCUGCGAGUCACUUACUUGUUUCUCAUGCGGAGCGCCUCACCAUGCACCCACCGAUUGCCCCACCAUACGCCGGUGGCUCACGAAAUGCGCUGAUGAUUCCGAAACUGCUAAUUAUAUCAGUGCUCAUACAAAGGAUUGUCCAAAAUGCCAGAUUUGCAUUGAGAAAAAUGGUGGUUGCAAUCACAUGCAAUGUGGUGCAUGUAGACAUGAUUUCUGCUGGGUGUGUCUGGGCGAUUGGAAAACUCAUGGAUCUGAGUACUAUGAGUGCAGUCGCUACAAGGAGGAUCCUAAUUUGUCUAAUGAUAGCCAACAUGCACAAGCACGAGAAGCUUUGAAAAAAUAUUUGCAUUAUUAUGAAAGAUGGGAAAAUCACGCACGAUCUCUAAAACUGGAAGAACAAACGUUAGCUAAUCUGAAACGUCGAAUUAAUCAAAAGGUAAUGGCUGGCGAAGGAACUUGGAUUGAUUGGCAAUAUCUCUGGGAUUCAGCGAAGUUGCUAAAACGCUGUAGAUAUACAUUACAGUAUACUUAUCCCUACGCAUAUUACAUGGAAGUUGGUCCCAGAAAAGAGUUGUUUGAAUAUCAACAGGCUCAACUAGAAGCAGAAAUAGAGAAUCUGUCUUGGAAGGUUGAAAGGGCUGAAACAACGGAUCGAGGUGAUUUAGAAAAUCAAAUGGAUAUUGCAGAAAAGAGACGUAUGACUCUACUUAAGGAUUUCUUAGAAUUCAACCCAAGUAGCUCCUCUAGUAGUAAAGUAUAAAAUGAACCUCAAGAUGCAUUUUUAAAUGAAUAUGGUAAUAAAGUAACUAGUAUUAAUUAACAUCAAUCACACAAUUCAUCACGUUUGUAUUUUGUGAAGCUAGA